CUGGGUUGCCAAGAAGAAGAAGCUGACCAAGCGAAGCAGGCGAACAGAGGAAAGACAGCAAGCAAGCACAGCACAGGGACGAUGUGGCACACGAGAGCAGCGAGGCCGCCAUGGGUGGAGACACCCCGUGAUCGCGCACAGGACACAGCAAAGCUGCAAGUCUCCGGCAGACCUUCCACAAUGGAGCGCAGAGCACAGUCUCCCAGGAAGCAAGACUAUCGGCGAAAGGUGUCGCAGCCUGACUCGGCAGAAGGCAGGAAUCCAUAUGGAGAAGAGGCUGUGCAACAGGAGAUUGCGAAUCUGGAGGCGCAAGCACAGCUGCUGGAGCGCGCUGGGGAGGCGGCGGAGAAGAAGCGAGACUUUGCAUCGGCAGAGAAACACUUCCUCGAAGCCGCACGGCUCAUGGGCGAGGCGCAGGGGCUUAAGCGGCGAUCGUUCAACCCGUCCGCAGAGGAAACCACAUCGUACAAGAAGCGAGGAGGCCGCGGAGGAAGAGGCGGAGCACACCAUGCGCACACACAGGGCGCAAGAGGAAGGGGGUGGAACAGCCACGAUGGCGCUGACGACAAUGAGCGAGAUGACGAGGUCAUCCGCGGCCGCCGUGGCCGUGGUGGCACUGGCGGUGGUGGACAUCACCAGCAGCAGCGGCAUCGCGAUGACCAAGAUGACGAGGACGACGAAUACGCAGAGGAAGACGACGACGUCGACCAACUGGACUACAAGUUGAAUCGCACCCUUGGCAAGACACUCAUGUCACAUCGCGAUAUGCACACACGCCGCGAAAUCGUGUCGGCUGACCAACAGCUGCUGGAUGUGCUUGGCUGGUCGGAGGCGAAGCGAGAACGCAUGCUUAGCGCGUUCCGGGCCAUCACAUCAUCUCCCCACAUGACCUUCCACCACUUUGCCGCAUUUCUCUCCACGCAAGGCGUGUCCCUCAAGUUUGCUGUUCCGCUCUUCCGCGCGUUUGAUCGCAGGCAGCACGGCACGUGGCUGUCGGAUGGAGACUUUCUUAUUGGCAUUGGUGCGUGCGCGCGCAACACGCCCCACUCUGGCGGGUGGCUGCGCGUGCGGCUUGGCUUUAUCUUCCGCUACUUCUCCAGCAACGGCAAGACCAUGACCGCCGACCAGCUGCAGACAUUCGUGGACGAGUGCUGUGCUGCUGAUCCACGCAUCACGCUGCGCCUCCCUAACCCGCCGGGCGCAACCCAGCGCGUGCACAUGAGCCGGUCGAUGGCUGCCAAGCAGACGGUGACGCCUGCGCGGCUGGUGGAGCACCUGAUGGGCGGACGACACGCGAUGUCGCAGUCGGAGUUUGUGUCGCUCGGUCUCAACCGCUCGCUUCCAGACUGCACCAACGUCUGCCGUUUCAACCUUGGCGCAUAGUUAGUUGUGCCUGCGUAUCUCCCUGUGUCUGUCUUCGUGUGCUGUACGCCUUCGUGUUCCAUGACGACCUUCACUUGUCUUUUGAAUGUGCUUGCGUGCACACAAACCUUGCACCUUCGUCAUCCGUUACAACACCCCC